AUGCAGCAUGCGGAUGCCUUGUCUCGUGCACCUGUGAACACUAUCUUGAUUUCGAUGUCAACCUGGCAAGAGUUUGAAGACAUGCAAACGUUCGAUGAGGAUAUUCAGUUGGUUAAAGAAUGGGUGCAAAGUGGUUCUAGACCAGAUCAAAAACCGGUUGAUGUGAGUGUAACUCUAGAUACAUUAUACAAGAAUUUUGAUUCAUUGGUUGUCAAAAAUCAUGUCUUAUGUCGAAAGUGGACUGAUAAAACAGCAAAGGAACGAGAGCAAAUUGUGGUACCUACCCAUCUAACUCCUAACAUACUGAAAGAAGCCCACUGUCAAGUUGGACAUUUAGGUGUUGCAAAAACGUUUGAGAUGAUUCAACGGAAGUUUUAUUGGCCUGGAUUCUUUAAAGCUGUUGAAGAAUUUUGUAGAAAUUGUGAAGUUUGUUCCAAAAAUAAAGCCGUACCUAGGCCACGGAGUCCGAUGAAGCCAAUCGAAGUGAUACCCAUACCAUUUUAUAUGAUUGGUGUAGACAUUAUUGGUCCAUUAAAAACAACUAGUAAAGGAAACAAAUACAUUUUGUCAGUCGUUGAUUACUACACAAAGUACGCAGAGGCAGUAGCAUUGCCAAAUCAAGAAGCAGUUACAGUUGCGAGAGCCCUGGAAGACAUCUUUGCUAGACAUGGAAUGCCCUCAGUCCUACUAACAGAUCAAGGCAGUAAUUUUGAGUCCAAAGUGAUUGCAAGUCUAUGUGAAAUGUUUGGAAUUGAAAAGAGACGGACUACAGCCUACCAUCCCCAAACAGACGGGUUAUGCGAGCGGUUUAAUGGUAUUUUGAAAUCCUUGUUGAGAAUGAGAGUAAACAAAGAGAAAAAUGAUUGGGACGAGCAGCUGCCACAUGCGUUACUGGCUUAUCGGGUUAGUACGCAAUCCUCUACGGGUGUGACACCAUUCGAAAUGUUAUAUGGUAGAGAAGUGAGAUUGCCGUUUGGAACGGAUCAAGAAAAACUGGUAUCUAGCCCAACACAUGGUCCAGCCAAAUACGUUGAAGAGUUAAAGAAGAGACAAGAUAUUCUCCGGAAAUUGGUUACUAAAAGGAUCGAGAAAGCGCAAGAGAAGCAGAAACGUAGUUAUGAUUUACGAUAUCGAGCACAACAAAACAAGCGGUUUUACAUGGGGGACACUGUUCUAUUAAAGAAUUUUCGAGCGCGAGGUUUAGAUGAAAAGUAUACAGGUCCUUACAUCAUUGUUAACAUUCGAGAGAACGAUUGCGAGAUAGAGUCAUUGGAAAGCAGAAAGCGUAAAGUUGUACAUGCGAAUAAUCUAAGACGGUUUGUCGUAGAAACAGUUGCUAAUCCAUUGGGUGAGGAAUCGGAAGACAUGCUAAGUUCUGAUUCCGAUGAGUCUACGAUUGAACUUAUUAAUGAGCGUGCUGGAGUACGUUUAGCACCACGUGGAAUCGAUGAUCAAGCAGAACCAUUAAAUUUACGUUAUAACUUAAGACAGAAUCGAAGACAACCCGAUCGUUAUGGAGUACCUGUGUUGGAUUAUUAA